GAGUAUUUCGUCAGCGUCUCGAAUCUGGAGCCGGUGCCGGUGAAGGUGUUUCAUCAGAUUGACUUCCUGUAAACCUUUAUUUUCCGCAAUUUCUGCUCUGUCAGUCAGCCAUGUCGAGCCAUCCGCCCAAGCUGCGUUUCAUCACGUACCUGUGUCCCAGCAUCCCUGUGGAGUACUUUGAGACCAUCAUCUACUACCUGGGAGACAGGCUGGGAUGUGACGUGUCUCUUCUGUACGAGUCACGCUUCUCCGGACCUCCCACUGACUCUCCUGACCCCUUCAGCCUCAGUGAAGUGGACAUAGGCUUUAUGUGCAGUUCACCCUUCCUAAAGCUGCUGGAGAGCAAGCCUAAUGUGUGUGAGCUCCUCCCUGCUGGUCCUCUUGCCGUGCACCCUAAGAACAGUGGGAACAGACCUGUCUAUUUCACUGAUGUCAUUGUUCACAAAGACAAUGUUCAAAAGUACCCAGAAUUUAAGAACCUUCGCGGAGCGCGCUGGGCGUACAAUGAACCCACGUCCCUGUCCGGCUGUCUGUCUACGCUGAGUAUGCUGAAGAAGAUGGGAGAAAACGCCAACUUUUUCGGCCACUCAGUGCAGUCAGGGAGCCAUUUGAAGUCCUUGCAGAUGGUGUUGAACCACACUGUGGAUGGAGCGGCUGUAGACUCCUUCUCACUCAUGAUGCAGAAAGCUCAGAAUCUGGAUCUGGAGAAAAACAUCCAUGUCAUCGAGUCCUGGGGACCAUACCCUAUACAGCCUCUGGUCUUCAGAGCAGGCUUAGAUGUUAAGCUGAAACGGAAGGUAACCCAGGCCUUGCUAGAAGCACAUGCUGAUCCUCAGAUGAGAGAAAAGCUGGGACAGUUUGGCAUCUCCAAGUUUGUACCUGUCAACAUGUCACUGUUUGACAGGGAAACUCAGCUGCAGGAGGAUGUGAAAGGGUUAACGGACAGGCCGGCAUAUUACUAAGUGUAGACUGGAGCUCUCGGCCUGGAGUUAAUGACCCGCUCCCCAACUUUGGGGCGGGUGGCCACCAGGAGCGUGAUUUAGUCAGACUAACUACUGGUGCAGGUCACAUUGAAGAGUUUAUGACAAAUCUGUCUGUAGAACUUGUGUGUUGGUUUUGGGGCCACUGAAACUCCAAGGAUUUAUUAUAUUAUUCUGUGGCCUUCCAAGUGAAAAACAUUACUCUUGACUGCUUACAGAGAGUGAAACUUAUAUAUGUUUGUGUAAAGUGAAGGAGAGUUGAAAAAUAAACAUUGUUUUUGAGUACUAGUAUGUUCCAUUUCACAUAAUACAUUCAUACUAUUUUUGGUCUGCCGAAUUUACAGGCUCUGUGCAAUUUAUUGUUUACAAAACUUUAAUUAUAUCCAAAGUACUCAAUAUCAUUGUACUCAAAAGUACUUGAUUUGGCUGUAUAGUACUUUGCAUUGCUGCACCAUAGUUUUGCUGAAUUCAGACCUCAGAGCCUGAUGUUCUUCCUGCAAAGCCUUUUGAAUGGUAGACAUUUCCUGUCAGACCAUCCUAAGCACUUGCAGACACAGGGAUGCAUCAGUGUAGGUCAAAUCAGAGGUGGGCAAUUGCAAUUGUGCAUAGAACUUGAAUUUCUCUGAUAGUUCAAUUUCAGAAAUACUAGUAAUUGUAAUUGGAUAAUUUUUUCUGUUGUCUGAAAACUAUCAGAGCAACUUUUAUUGUUGCAGCUGUGUGCUGGUUUUAAGAACAUGGGUAAGAAGGCAUCAUCCUGAAUGAGAUUGAGUCGAUUUUUGGCAUGUUUAUCUACCAUAUAUGGAGAAGGAUGAUUUGUAUGCAAGUAUUGUCAGAGAUUGACAUAUGUUUUCAGAAUGCAGUCAGUCAAAAAUAAAUGGGAUUAGUUC